ACCUUAGGCCCAUAUAUAUAUGAGAAAUCAAUUUUAGAAAGAGAAAAAACCGAGAGACUGAUAAAAAGGGAAUUUAGGGUUAGGGUUUUGGAAGCUGUUCACUUAAUUGGCUCACUGCAAUGGAGGAGAUUACUGAGGGUGUGAACAACAUCAUCAUCGCAGAUUCACACAAGAAGAACCGAAUUCAGGUCUCGAAUACCAAAAAGCCCCUCUUCUUCUAUGUUAAUCUUGCCAAGAGGUAUAUGCAACAGUACAAUGAGGUGGAGCUCUCUGCUUUAGGAAUGGCUAUUGCCACUGUUGUUACAAUUGCAGAAAUUCUGAAAAACAAUGGGCUGGCCGUUGAGAAAAGUGAGGCUUCCAUCUACUUCUAUAUCUUUCUGCAAAGCUACUAUCAUUAUUCAAUUUAUAUAUUCUUGAAUAUCAAUGCAGAAAUCAUGACAUCAACUGUUGACAUAAAGGAUGAUUCUAGAGGGAGACCAGUCCAGAAAGCCAAGAUUGAGAUCAUACUUGGGAAGUCGGAAAACUUUGAUGAUUUGAUGGCCGCUGCAGCUGAGGAGAGGGAAAUUGCAGGUGCUGAGGAGCCAAGCUGAAAGAAAUUCCUUGUUUGAGGUUCCUCUUAGAGUGUGUUUAGCUUGAAUUAUGUACCCUAAACUUGAUUAUGGUAAUAAAUUUUUUGCAAAAUAUAUUAUCCAAGAAUAGAAUAUGUUAUGGGAAAGGCAUUUGUUGUAUGCUUAUAACUUUUGUCUUCCGUUUUGUCUUAGGAGUGGGUGGGGUGUGGGGCUAUCUGUUUCGUGAAAAAGAUGGGACAUGCCAAGUGUAAUUGACCCUAAAGUUAUUUAAAAGUUUAGAUUAAUUUCCCA